AUGUUGCAGGGCUUGGCACAGAAUGUUUUAUAAAGCUAAAGAUCUUUUUAGGGGUGGUAUACCUAAUUAUUUACUGAGAGUAUGAAAGAUAAUACUACUAUAAUAUAAUGUACAUCAGCAAAGAAAACAAACAAGACUAGGAAGACCAGAAUUAUUACUGACCAUUUCUUUUACCUCAUAGUUUAUGUCAGUAAUUGAUAUACUAUUAUGUUUAGAGAUUACAUGUUUAAGAGACAUGUUUAAGAAUUUUGGCCAAUUAAAAGGUUUAAUCACUGCUAUAUUAUUGUCAUGUUGUACUUCAUUCUGCUUUUAUAUAUAUACACACAAAACUAUUAUGUCAGUUUCUUUAUGGCCCUAAAAAUGAUAUGACCUAAAUUGAGUGUGGAAAACAGUGUGAGAAUCAAAAAUUUUGAUGAUGUAAGCAGUUUAACACUCUAUAUACGCAGUGUGGCUAUAAACAGUGGCAUUGUCAGCAUCACUGAAACAAAAAACGUCUCAGUCUUCUUUCAGACAGACUAAUUUCACUUGUUAGAAGCACUUGAUCCUGAAGAGCAAUGGCAGCAAUUGUUACUGGUCUGAUCCCCAUCCUUCGCACUGCAGUGGACGCUACCACCACCUACAAAGGGCGCACUGUGUGGUUUGGCUUUCUUUGUAUUCGCCUUGUGACGCUUUUUGUAGCUGAAAUGCCUUGGUUUAAAUUGGACUCAGAUUUUAGCUGCAACAUAACCAAGGACAGUGUGUGUACUAGAGACUGUUUCAACCAGCACUUUGACAAGCCUGUGAUAAUGGCUUGGAACUAUAUUUUUGUCCUUCUCAUCCUGUCUGUCCUACUCAUGGAGCUUUUCACUUCCCAUGUAUACUCAGUUUUCAAGAAGAAGAACUCCAGAGAGAAGAAAGAAGUGGAAGUUGAAUCUCUGGGUGAGCUGAAAAGUGUACCUGACCUUAAUAACACAGGGACAAUGAUGUUAGACAUGCACGGAAGCAGGAAUGCUGUAUUAUUCUACCUGUUCAGCGUUAUGCUGCGGAUUUUGGUGGAGUUUUGGUUUGUGUAUGUGCUACUUUAUUGGAAUUUACCUAAACUAAAGGAUAGCAUGUUCAUAUGUACAAGUAAUAUCAAUGGAUGUCCUAAGCAGGAGUGUUUAGUAAGGUCUUUGGCAGAGAAAUGCAUGUCAAUCUAUGCUCUUGUGUCCAUUUCUGUCCUGGUCAUCAUCAGCAGCUGUGUGUUCUGUGUCUACUUCAUUGGUCACUACCUUUGUAACAGUUUUACCAAGGGACCUCAAAAUGUGGAAAUUCAUGAUUUUCAAAGUAGGAUUUAGAUACUCCAAAAAACUAUGAUCUUUCAUCUUUUUGUUGUUGUUAAAAUGUUCAAUCCAGUGUUACUUUUGUGUAAAAUAUUUCAAUGGCAUUGCUCAAUUUUGUUGUCUUUUACUGAAUUGUAAAAUUUUUGACAAUAAAAGCUG